CCCCCCCGCCGGUCGUGGUUUUAAGUCGCCAUGAUCAUGAGCGACAACUGAGCGAGUAUGUUGAUUAUAUUUGCCCAGCAGAGGGUGCAUUAACGUGCUCCAAAAUUUCAACACAAGGCACACUGCAUUUGACAUCUAAUUAAUUGAUUUAUGCAAGUUAGUUUGUUUCAUUUUUUUACCCCGCAGCAUAUCCAGAUACGAAAAUGCUGCCGAUGCACCCACGUGGUCUGUCAUGAAUUCCCGGUAAUUAAAAAAAAAAGGGGGGAACUCAACUUUUCAGAGGCUUCUGGAAUGUACAAAGGACAGCCUUUGUGGCCAGACAUCUGAUGUUCACUAAUCAAUGUGACAAAAUGAAGGCAUUACCUCUAUGCUUUUCUAGCUCGUCUUGUAGGGCUUCUACCCUCCGCUUCAGUUUGGACACUUCCUUCUUGAGCUGUGCAUUCCUCUCUUCCAGUGGACUGGACUGGCUGGGAUUCGCAUUCCCAAUGUCUUGCAACAGCUGUCUGGCUUGGCUGGCACUGGCCUGCUUCUUUCCUUUCGUCUGGACAUACAAUGAACAUAACCAGUAAAAUCGCGUCACGUUUUCCUUCAACAAGGGUUGCCAUGGCGUUGGUAGCUACGCCGUUGCUAUGGCAGCUGCUUAGUCAUAGCGUGGUUGCUGUUGUGCUGCUAGAUUCGCAUAUCUCCAUGAUCCGUUAUCAUCUCCUUCCGCGGCGAAUAUGAACCGAUGAAGACGUGGUCCGUACAGGGCUUGGUUGCGAGACAGCACCGCGCAGGUACCUCGACAGACCCGCAGCCACUGGAGAACAACUAGCAAUGACGAACCAAAUGGCACAGAAACCGCCGACGCGAGUCCUCAGGGUGAAGAGACUACUGCACACGACUACUGUCCCACAAUGGAUGAUGACUGCAAUUCUUCAUCAGGGACAGAUGAGGAAUCAACUUCAGAAUCUAGCAGUGAUACUGGUCAAGACAGUGCUGCCUCCCACGAUCACAUCUCAUCCGAACCACUCUAUAGCAACAGUUCUGUCACAGACAUUGAAGCUUGCUACUUACUCUUCACGUUGUUCAUGAAGUAUUCCCUCACAAGGGAAUGUCUUGGAAGUAUCCUGCUUAUCCUGAGCCACAUACUGCCAUCUCCAAAUGCACUGCCUUCUACUCCAUACAAGUUUUUUAAGUUUCUCGCCCAAUUCAAGCAAGGAUCAGGUGUAAAGGUGCACUACUAUUGCAAGAACUGUUUUCACCUAUCGUCUUGUGUCAGUACAGGGCCCUGUCCAUGUUGCGGCGACCAGCAAUCUAACCCUGGAACUUUCCUACAGAUGUGCGUUGCGGACACACUGAAGUCAAUGUUAGAGCAUGAUGGUCUCUACCAAUACAUUGGACAAAGCUCUGAAGUGGAGCACCCUCCAGACAUGGUCAGUGGAAUGGUUGAUGGAGAGCUGUAUCAAGGUAGCAAGGCAGAUGGAAAUGGCCGAUACAACUUUUCAUUGUUCUGGAACACUGAUGGCAUUAGUGUCUUCAAAAGUUCCCCGGCAUCCCUUUGGCCUGUGCACUGCAUAAUUCCUGAGUUACCUGUUCGACUGCAGAAAAAGUUCCAGAUUCUGACAAUGCUGUGGUUUGGCACGAAGCCAAGUAUGAACACAUUUCUGCGUCCCUUUUGUGAAGAGAUGUUGAGGCUGUCUCGGGAAGGGCUGGAGUGGAUACAUCCAGUUACAGGAGUCAAGAUCACUUCAUUAAUCACAGCACCUGUUUCCGCAGUCGACGCAGUUGCACGAGCAAUGAUGCAGAACGUUAGACAAUUUAAUGGCAGGCAUGGCUGCUCGUUCUGUGAACACCCUGGGGAGACAUACAAGCUGCCGGAUACGAGAGCCCAUGUGCACAUUUACCCAGCAGAUGGCGAAUACAGGCUGAGGGACGGUCUCCGUAUGCUAACGCAAGCCACUCAAGCAUGCACAAGAGGAACUCCAGUGAAAGGUGUGAAAGGGCCUACAGUGUUGAGUCUUCUUCGAAAGUUCGACAUUGGUAGAGGUUUCACAGUGGACUAUAUGCACUGCGUCCUGCUUGGUGUUGCGAGAAUGUUCCUAGCUCUGUGGCUUGAUACAAAGCACCAUCGAAGGGAUUGGUACCUAGGUUCAAGUGCCACAGAGAUCGAAUCAAGGCUUAUGAGUAUCCGGCCACCAGAUGUAACAAGGACGCCUCGGUCCCUUAAACAUAGGCUCUACUGGAAAGCAAGCGAACUGAGAUCAUGGCUGUUGUACUAUAGCAUCCCUGUACUUUCAGGCAUACUCCCUGAACUAUACCACCAGCAUUUCUUGCUCCUUGUUGGCAGCAUGCAUAUGUUACUAUCUGAAGCAGUGGCACAACAGGAACUUGACCUCGCUGAGGUCCUUCUUUCUUGUUUUGUAUCAGCCACAAGUGACUUGUACAGCAAACAGUACCUCACGUUCAAUGUUCACCAAUUGACACACCUUGUACAAUCCGUAAGGAGGUGGGGCCCACUGUGGGCCACGUCAGCAUUUCUUUUUGAGGACAGGAAUGGAGCGUUGUUGCGCAUUGCAAAAGGUACACAAGCAAUAGACAAACAGCUUGGUAUGUUAGUGUCGAUUGGAAAUUCUUUGGCAGUAAUUGAGAAGUAUGUAAAAAAGUCUUCGUUGACAGAAUUUCUCCUCUGCAAAUUGCACAAUGUCCAUUUUUCAAAGCCAGUUGCAUUAGCAGGGGAAGUAAAGUUCCACGGUAAAUCGACUUGUGCUAGUGAAAGCAUCGCGGCUGCUGUAUUUAGGUGUCUUGGCAGCAGUGGCAUUCAACGUAUUCAGACCUUCAAGAAGGUGACCAUUGGUUGCCAAACAUUUUCAUCUCAGUUGUACACGCGUCAAGUACGGCGGAAUAACAGUGUAGUGCAAUACGCCUUUGAAUCAAGUGUCCGAUAUGGGAUCAUUCAGUGUUUCUGCAAGGCAGGUAACAGUGCAUUUACUGUGGUACAGAAGUUUGACAUUGAGGGCGACCCAUUUAUGCACACUGAAACAGGAUAUGUGCUGUCACCCCUUGUACCUGUUCGACGGUGUAGUGCAACAGAAUUAAUCAAACUGCCAUGUAAGAUGCAGAAGUGUGUCCUUGUUUCAAACUUCCUGUGUGUCCCUCCCAAUAAGUACGAGGUUAAUUUGUAAAUGCCAUCCUAAGAACUUGUGUUCAAAACGUGUGCACUGUUUCGUCUUAUUCUGUUGCUUUUGCCAGAGUUCGAGGUAACUCGUUACUGUAACUAAGUUCAUGUUUUGGUAACUUGUAACUUAACUCUGUACUUUUGUGCCGUGGUAGCUUUCAGAGGAACCCAUUCCUUUUUUUUUUUUUUGGUAACUUUGCCAAAGUAAUUUAACUUGUAACGAGUUCUUUUUGGCGGGUAACUUCUCAAUCUAUAGCUUUUGCCGUGUAUGUUUACAUUCUUAACAAUCACCCUUUCUUCCCGUAUUCCCACCAGAUACUCCUUCCUGUAAGGGUAUUGUAAAAUGUUAACUCUUAUGUCCAUUUGUGUGCAUGUGCGCUGCAAACUCUGUGAUUACUAGCAUCAUUUUUUUUAUUUUUGCAUACCAUUCAGAACAUUGCUACAUUUAAAGUGUAAAUAUUGUUUCUGAAGCCAAAUAUUGCAAUAAAAUGCACAGCUUAGUGUACAGUGAGAGUGCA